AUGCAGACCGGAGCCGGAGAUUUAGGGCACUUAACAGGUCUAGUCCGGCCUAAUAAGGCCCAUUCAGGCCACCCGCCCACCUCGGUCCUUUUCCCACCACCGGAGCCCGUUACUGAAGAUGCCUACUUGUACAAGUACCUGCAACACUGCUUCUUCUCAGGCAGCUAUGCCGCCCUAUAUCUCCAUCAAAAGGAAACGGAAUCUCAAAGCCAGCAUCUGACCAUGAAGCUCGUCAUAUCUGGAGCGACGGGAUUCGUCGCCACGGAGCUGAUCCGCCAAAGCCUCAGCAACUCCAGCAUAACUUCGGUGGUGGCCUUGGCCCGUCGACCUAUCACGGUUCCCGACAACCUUGGCCCUGAGGCAGACACGUCCAAGCUGAAGACUGUGGUCCUCGAGGACUUUUCAAAGUACCCGGACGAUGUGAGGAAGCAAUUGGAGAAUGCGGAUGCUUGUAUUUGGACCCUCGCCAUCACUCCCAGCAAGUCCAAAAGCAUGCCGUGGGACGAAGUAUACCGAGUUUGCCACGAAUACACCAUGGCCGGACUCAAGACGACGUUCGAGUCGUCCAAGGUUGCGAGCGAAUCGACCCCGUUCCGUUUCCUGUACAUGAGCGGCAUUGCCGCUGAACGAGACCAGACCAAAACCCCCCGGUUCAUGCCCAAAUACUCCUUGAUGCGGGGCGAGACUGAGAACCAAGUCCUGGCGUUCGCAUCCUCACAUCCUGGCAAGAUCGAGGCUACCGUCGCGAAACCGGGACUGAUCACGCAGCCGGGGAGUAUACAUCACUGGCUGCGCUCCACUUUACUCUGGUAUGUAAUUUCUCUGCCCAGCAUAAGUGUCGUGGAAAUUGCGGCUGCCAUGUUGGAUCAAGUGGUGAAUGGGUUUGAGAAGGAUCCUUUGAUGAACGAGGACUUGGUCAGAAUUGGACAACGUGUGCUGCACGAGAGUAGUUGA